AUGAAUAAAAAGGAGAAGGAUUUAAUUCAACUUGAAAGAGACUUGAACAGUUAAAAUAUAGUAAAGGAACUUGAGAUAUUUUAAAAUUACAAUAAAAAAAGAUUUAUAAAUUAAUAUAUAUUUAAAUUUGUUAUAUUUAAAGGAUGGAUUCCAUAUUGGAUUCUUUAUUUUCUAUGCUAAAAAAUUCAAUUUAGAGAAUGUUAAAAAUAUAUAUGAAUAUUUCUUAAUUUUUUUGAAAUAUUAUUAGCAUAAUAAAUCAUACUAGAACUAAAAUCAAAUAUUUGAAAUAAAAUACAGUGAAGGAAUGCUUAAUUAUUUGAAGAAUCUUUAGAACAAUCUAUAAUUUGAGAAUUGUUUAUAAAUUACCUAAGUUUUACAAAUGAAUUGCAUAAGACAUUUUUUAUUCCCACUCAAUAAGAUGAAAACUUUGUAAUAAAAUGAAGGAAUAGAAUGA